GGCGGAGCGGACAGUCGUCUGCUCGCUACAGAUCUGGCGAGUCGGGCAGGCAGGCGGGUCCUGGCAGUGUCGUGUUGUCUUGUGAGGGGCCAGUGAACGAGGCCUUAGCUUAAUUUGUCUUUGCGUGCGACAGUCAGAGCUACACACAGUAACCAUGUCGAUUAUGACAAUUAAGCUAAGCCGGAGUGAGGGGACUCCGUGGGGCUUCAGGCUACAGGGCGGCAAGGACUUCGCCACGCCUCUCUGUGUCCAAAAGGUGAACGCUGGCUCCGUGGCGGCGGUGGCGGGGCUGCAGGCCGGAGACGCUAUCGUAAGCAUCGGUGGCAAGGACGCCCUCUCCCUCAGACACAAGGAAGCGCAGGAGGCCAUCGUGAGGGCCGGCAACAUCUUCGACGUCGUCAUCCAAAGGGGCGCGCAGACGUGGCGGCCGCAGGUGACGCCGCUGGCCCAGGUAAAGACGACUCCAGAGGGCGUGCCUGUAGCCACCUCCACCUCCCUCGCCGCCAACAAGAAGCCCGUGCGUCACAUCGGCUCCAACCACAACACGGUGGCGCGCCCCUUCCCUGGCUUCACUGGGGCCACACCAACCUACUCGUCGGGCUCCACCAUCAUCAGGAGCCCUCUCUCAAACAGCUCAGAGGAGGUAGCCUGCUCUUCCCUCAGCGGCACUUCCUCCAGAAGCACCUCGGGCAGCACCAGUCCCAGUGGCCUCCAACAGACAGCCUCCCCGAAUAUUUCCCUCAACAAAGAGAUCGCGAAGAACUUCCUCCGCAUGACCCUCGACAAAGAGAACGUGAACACAGUUAACGUUCACCAAACCUCGCGAGGAGGCAGCAGCAUCAGCACCAAGUCCAGCAACAGCAGCAGCAGCGAGAACCUCUUCAGCGGCGCCUUCAGCCCCGCCAGCGGCCCCGCCCACCAACGAAAGUACUCACUGGCCAGCAACGCCUCCUCCAGCAGUUCCGAGGCUGACCACGACGCCUUAACGCGCCGCAACAACGAAUUUGGUGCCCCAGUUGGCGCUAAACACAACGCGAUGGCGCGUCCGUUUGCCGAGGUGAAGGUUUUACCGUGUGGAGUGAACGGGCAGCAGAUCGUGAAUGCCCAGUACAACACGCCCCUGAACCUGUACAGCGAAGACAACAUCGCCGAGACCCUGUCUGCCCAGGCCGAGGUGCUGGGAAAGGGAUGCCUCGGCAUCAACUUCAAGAAGUACGAUCGGGAGGCUGUGAUCCAAACCGAGUCUCCCACAUACAAACUGAUCCACGGCGAUCUUGACGAUGCCCCGAAGUCUCGACCCCCACCCAAACUUCCCUUCAUUGAGGCCGAGCCUCCCAGCGAGUUCCCUCGACUGAAGCCAGCGGCGACCCGGCCGGCCAUGCCCGCCGCCCACCCGGCCCCGCCCCAGCAAGGGUACUACAACAUCAACGAGAAGCUGUACUGCGACGUGCACGCCAAGCAGGCCGCCCGCCACCACCCGCCCGGCCCCAACCUGGACCCCAUCAUCGUGAAGCCUGGCGCCACCGCACCCGCUGGAGCCAUACACGCCCCUUUUGCCAAGACCGCUGCUCCCUUCAAGCCUCCAGUGGGCAGCGUCAGGAUUAUGCCCUCCGUACCGGCACCUGCCCCUAGACCCAUCCCCAAGUUCAGCCCGAUUGCCCCGCCUAAGCCGGAGCCCGUGGUGGCUGCCCCCGAGCCCCCACCUGCCCCCGAGCCCCAGCCUGUCCUCCCCCCUGAACCCGAAGUGGUGGCAGCCCCUGAACCUGAACCUGUGCCCGCCCAACCCGAGCCCGUCGUGACUCCGCCCCCGCCCCCGCCAGUCAUGAGCCCACCCCCGGCCCCGGCCCCAGUCCCAGAGCAAGAGGUAGAGGUUGCUCCGGCACCCACGCUUAUUGAGGCACAGCCGGAGCUCAUGUUUCAGCCGGAGCCUGAGGCUGAGCCCGAGCCUGAGCCGGAGCCGGAGCCAGCGCCCGAGGCCCCGGCAACGGAAGCUCCCGCUGAGGAAACGCCACUGCAGCCGCCAACUGAUCAAGAGCCUGACCCUCAGACCUCAGAGGCUAUAACAGAGCCGCAGCCCGAGAUCAACGGCUCAGUUCUUCCUGAGUCUGAACUAACAGGUGCAGUAGAGCCUGCAGACCAACCCACUGAAGUGACUACUGAGGCUGAGGAGGCCCCCCAGGCAGCCCAAGAACCUGAGGUAGUGCCAGAGAGUCAAGCGGAGCCACAACCUGAGAUAACAGAAGUAGCCGAGGCUGUGCCUCUUUUGGCCCCUGAACCCGCCAUUGCUCCGGAAGCUCAAGUACCACCCCAGUCUUCAGAACCUUCAGAGCCCACCGUAGAAGAGUCUCCGGGGGCUCCAGUGAGUGAACCAGAACCCACUUCAGGUGCAUCCGAGGCGACAUCGGUCCCGGUAUCAGAGCCGGCGCCGAUCCUCGCUCCUGCCCCUGCCCCUAUCCAGGUCCCCGCAGCGCCCAUGGCGGCCCCUCCACCCAUCUUCUCCCCUGUCAAGGCUCCGGCGGCCCCCGCGCCCCAGAAGGCACCAUUCGGUGCUCCUGCUGGAGGCGUUGAUGUGCGGUCGCACAUUCCCAAGAAAGCUCCAGCCCCCAAGCCUCCAGCCGCAGCAUUUGCAUCAGUGCCAAAACCUGCAGCCCCCAAGCCCCCUGCUCCCACAGGCCCUGCUCCAGUAUUUGCUCCAGCUCCUGCCCCAGAAUUGCCUAAGCCCUCGCCCCUGCCCAAUCUGGGUGGCGCUCCAAUGAAGGGCGUGGCUCAAACCAGCGGGCAGAAGCCCGCCCCUCGUCGCGGGCGUGGCGUGAUGAACCCCUCCAAUACCGCCAGGAUACCCAUCUGUGCUGACUGUAACCGCCAAAUCAGGGGUCCCUUCGUGUCAGCCCUGGGCAAGACAUGGUGCCCCGACCACUUUGUGUGCUCUACUGCCUCAUGCCGCAAGGCCCUCAUUGACAUGGGCUUCGUAGAGGAGCAGGGAGCCCUACACUGUGAAGACUGCUACGAGAAGUACCUCGCCCCCAUCUGCGGAAAGUGCGACAAGAGGGUGAAAGGAGACUGCCUGAAUGCUGUGGGCAAGCAAUUCCAUCCUGAAUGUUUCUGCUGUGCUUACUGUGGGAAGGUGUUUGGCUCAGGUGCUUUCUACCUGGAGGAUGGCCUGCCUUACUGCGAGACUGACUGGAAUGAUCUGUUCACAACCAAGUGCGUGGGCUGUGGCUUCCCAAUUGAGGCUGGUGACCGCUGGGUGGAGGCCCUCAACAACAACUACCACAGCCAGUGCUUCAAAUGCUCGAAAUGCCACAAGAACUUGGAGGGCCAGAGCUUCUUCGCCAAGGGUGGGAAGCCCUUCUGCAAGGCCCAUGCUCAGCGUGGGCUCUAAGCCACACCUCAUGGUCAACAGAGUCCCUUGAAGCCCCUAAAAGGGUCCUCCUGCUCCCUCCUUGAGCAAAGUCAAGAAACUGCCUACAACAACAGUAUCAGCAGCACUGCCACCAACAAACAACUCAGUUUGCACCUUCGCUGCUGGAAAAAGCAGGAGCUGCUUCCCUGCGCUAACAUCACUUAUGGUCAUCUGCUGUGGUUAACAUGCUUGCUCUCAGAAUGGCUGUUUAACAACAAAUAUUAUUUAUUUGUUCCUCAGUGACAAGGUAUAUUUCCAGCCUUAUUUGUAACUAAUGGUGCCUAUGCUAUAAUGGUGAUAAAAAAAUCUGUGCCUUGAGUUGAUUCUAGUAUAUGAUAGAGUAAGGAAACAUGAGCUUUACUACCUAGUUUAAGGUUAAUCAGAGCCAGUAAAGUAUAGACAGUGAUGUCUGGCCUAACCCUCACAACCUCCUCUGCUCGUCACGAUUUUGUUGCUUUUUGCUUGUGUUCACCUUGUUCUUUACUAUAUUAUGUAACCACGAACUGUGCACACAUCUUUGUCACAUGAUAAUAUUGUAUAUAAGAAUUAAUCUAUAUCAGACUUAUUUAUCUUGACAACAUAUAAUAUGUACGACAAGAAUUCUUUAUCCCCAAGUCUUAACUUGGCUAUGCUUGCUUAGCCUCCUGAAUGCUGUGUGUCUCAUCUCUACCAUUUUCUCUUAUGUUUAAUGUUCAUGGGUUCAGCUUGUGUGAACUAUUAAGAACACCUUGCUUGCCAUGUGGCUCUGAGUAGGGGUCACCACCCUGCUGGCCCUACCACUAGGGUGGGGCUAGCAUGGAUACGACAAUUAGUUCACUGAGGCUGAUCAGAAUGAAAGUUUUGAAUAUACACUCUGAAAAAAAUUUGUCUUGAGUGCUUAUUGAUCUUCUGAUUAUUUCUUGCUCCUUCCCCUUGGAGGGUAAAUUAAUAAAACUAGACACAAAUA